UCUGCGUUUAUGGAUGCAGUAGCAUGAGCAAUCUCACUUGGGUUUUUUCUGUUGGUUUUUUUUUUUUCCUUCUUCCUUUCCCCACCCCUUUCUCUCUCCUUCUCAGACAUCUGUGUGUCGAGGUCCUUUUGCAUCACCGUUAUCCAGAGCCCUGGAAGCCCUCUCGCUCCCCUUCCUCCUGGUUUCACCUCCCGCUGUAGCUGAGCUGUGGCAAUAAUGGAGCUCAGGACUGUGGUAGCCACCGUGGAAAGCGGGGAGCAGGACACAGUUCUCAAGGUGCUUCAGAUCUACAACCAGGAGAAAUCUCAGUGCUUCACCUUUGACGAUGAGGAGCGGGAAGAGAGGAAGAAAAUGGCCCAGCUGCUGAUCAAGUUCCUGGAAAGAGAGCUGCAGCCGUCCUGCCAGGUCGCCUGUUUGGAGAGCAUCCGCAUCCUGUCCCGGGACAAGUACUGCCUUGACCCUUUCACCACCAGGGAAGGCCUGAAGACCCUCUCCAGGCACGCUGGCAUUGAUUACUCGGAGGAGCUCAUCCGGGAGGUCCCAGACUUGGACGUAAUCCUGGAGUCCCUCAAAUGUCUCUGCAACAUUGUCUUCAGCAGCCCGAGGGCGCAGGAGCUGACAGCUGAAGCCCGGCUGGUGGUGGGCCUGGCCGAGCGCAUCAAGCUGUACAACGAGAGGAGCCUGCCUCACGAGGUCAAGUUCUUUGACCUGCGUCUCCUCCUGAUGACAAACACUCUGGAGCUGACCCUUGGUGUGAAGUGGAUGGACCCCUACGAAGUGGCCACCGAGGAGGGCCUUCUCCCACCUUUGCCUCGGCAGGAGACGGAGCGAGCUAUGGAGAUCCUGAAAGUGCUCUUCAAUAUCACCUUUGAUUCCAGCAAGAGAGAGGUGGAUGAGGAAGAUGCUGCUCUGUACCGGCACUUGGGUGCCCUCCUGCGCCACUGCCUCAUGAUCUCUGCGGAUGGAGAGGACCGGACAGAGGAGUUCCACAGUCAUACAGUUAACCUUUUGGGCAACCUGCCCCUGAAAUGUCUGGAUGUCCUUCUGACCCCGAAAGUCCGGCCAGGCUCGCUCGAGUACAUGGGUGUCAACAUGGACGCAGUCAACAUCCUGCUGGAUUUCCUAGAGCGGCGCCUUGACAGGGGACACAAGCUGAAGGAGAGUUUGACCCCUGUGCUGAACCUGCUGACUGAGAGUGCCCGAGUCCACCGCCAGACGAGGAAGUUCCUGAAGGCAAAGGUGCUGCCUCCGCUCCGGGACGUGAGGAAUCGGCCAGAGGUGGGGAACUUGCUGCGGAACAAGCUGGUGCGUCUGAUGACCCACAUCGACACCGACGUGAAGCACUGCGCGGCGGAGUUCCUCUUUGUGCUCUGCAAGGAGAGCGUGUCGCGGUUUGUGAAGUACACGGGCUACGGGAAUGCAGCUGGGCUCCUGGCAGCACGAGGCCUCAUGGCUGGAGGUCGGGAAGAGGGAGAGUACUCUGAAGACGAAGACACAGACACUGAGGAGUACAAAGAGGCAAAGCCCAACAUUAACCCUGUGACGGGACGUGUCGAGGAGAAACUACCCAACCCCAUGGAAGGGAUGACUGAAGAGCAGAAGGAGUAUGAAGCCAUGAAGUUAGUCAACAUGUUUGACAAAUUGUCCAGAGAGCAAGUCAUCCAGCCCAUGGGCAUCACGCCGAGCGGCAACCUGGCCCCCAUGGAGAACGCCAUCCGCGACAUGGCUGAUGAGAGGUCGUCGUCCGACUCGGACCUGGGGCUGGACUGAUCCAGACCUCUCGCCCCAGCCUCGGAGAGCUGGGGAGCCUCCAUCCCCUCUCCCUCCAGAACUGGUGCUGCACCCAGGCUAGUUCUGGGCCAGGACUCUCCCUGUGGGAUCCAGAUCCGGCCUGGACCCCUCACAGUCCGCACCAAGGAACACCUCCUGCCUCCUUCCUGGCUCCGUACCACCUCUCCUUCCAGAGGGUCGUCUUGGCCUGGCUCCACCUUGGUCUCCCCUGUCAGCACCCUUGAGGAUUUCACACUCUACAUUGCUUCCAGGACUUUCCAGUAGGAUUUUUUUUUUUUUUCAAAUACAUGAAGUUUGGGA